UUAAAGAAAAGAAAAAGUUGAGCAAUGAAAGAAAAAGGCAGGUAAAGGAGAGAAUAGUCCACAGCCUGCCCUUUCUCUCGCUGCCAUUGUCUCUCUGUCUGUUGUUGGUAUUAGCUUUUGUUUCUUUUCGCCAAAGGCCGUUUGCUGAACGAAGACGAAACUCAAUUCCAGCCUAUCAGCUUCCGGAGUCAAAAUCCCAAUCAAACCCCCGUGCCUUUUUCUCAUAUCAAGGGGAUGGCAGCAGAAGAAGAUGUUGACUUGUCAACUUUGAAGUCUCAGAUAGGUCAAACGCAUGAAAUGUGGAAGCAGGAGAUGGAAAGGCGCCAAUCCCAGGUGGAUGUAUUGCAAGCAAAAAUUAUGGAGGUAAAGGCUUCUAUAGAGGGGUCUGAGGAAGACUCGAAGAAGGAGUUGGAGGUUCUUUGGCGGAGAGUUAAAACGACUGCGACAUUGUUAACAUACUUGAAAUCAAAAGCUAGAUUAAUGGCUGUUCCCCAUUUAGCGCAUACAUCAUGUGGUAUCAAACAGUUAGAAGGGGUAGGGCUUGUGGACAAAGAUGGUACACCGUUAUCUAGUUGGUCUAGGAAUGUUGAUCUUUCUUCCUUUGAUAGUACUGAUGAAGAAGCUUGGAUUGGAAUUAGCAAGCAACAUGGUUCUCUGGAUGAAAAAGAUGUAGCUUAUGUCGGUGAAGUACUCAAAUCUGUGCAGAUGGUCACAGAUGUGAUGGAAGUACUUGUUAAAAGAGUGAUAUUGGCAGAAUCUGAAACCGCAGUUGAGAAGGAAAAGGUAACUUUAGGUCAGGAAGAAAUCAAGAAGAAGUCAGUACAGAUUGAGAACAUGUCUUUGAAGUUAGAGGAGAUGGAACAAUUUACUCUUGGUACGAACAAUAUACUGAAUGAAAUGAGGCAGAGAGUUGAAGAUUUGGUUGAAGAAACCUCUAGACAGAGGCAAAGAGCGGCGGAAAAUGAACAAGAGCUUUGCCGUGUGAAGCGGGAUUUUGAGUCUCUAAAAUCAUAUGUUAGCAGUCUCAUCACUGUAAGAGAAACACUCCUGUCAUCAGAGAAGCAGUUCCAAACUAUUGAGAGGCUGUUUGAACGGCUAGUUGCAAAAACGACGCAGUUAGAGGGUGAGAAAAUGCAGAAAGAGGCAGAAGUGCAGAAGCUCAUGGAGGAAAAUGUGAGGCUUAGUGCUCUUCUUGACAAGAAAGAGGCCCAGAUUCUAGCCUUGAAUGAACAGUGCAAGGUGAUGGCGUUGAGUGCUUCAAACAUCUAAUAUGGAAGACUUUGGUCUUGUUCUACAGCCCAAUGACUUUCUUUGCCAGUUCUGCUGAUGUACCAGAGAGGCAUCUGAGAAACUCCGGGACCACCCAAAAUUCAUCUGAGAUCGUUUCUUUGAAUUGUAACUUUGUGAGGAUCCCCGUGAACUUUUUUUAUCUAGUGCUACACUGCAAAGUCAUUAAUCAUUUUAUUGGAAUGAAAUGAAAUGAAAUUGGCGUGUUAA